AUGGAUGAGGAGAAUGUUAAAGCCAUCCGGGAUCGGCCUGCUCCUAAAUCGAUAAGUGAGCUGCUUUUUAUUUUUAUUUUUUGUUGGUUUGUGGUGUUAGAUCUGUAUGAUGAGACUGAAACAGAAGAGCAUUUGAAAGCAAAGUAUUUAUGUCCGUUUUACGGCGAGGAUUUUGAUGUUGUUGGUCUCUUUUGCCACAUCGAUAAAGAGCAUCCUGUUGAAGCCAACAAUGGGGUAUGUCCAGUUUGUGCUAAAAAGGUGGGGAUGAACAUUGUUACUCACAUUAUUGGGCAGUAUGGGAACUUCUUUAAUGUGCAGCGUAAGAGGAGACUGCGAAAGGGGGGAGCUAACUCAGCAUUUUCUAUACUGAGAAAAGAGCUGCGAGAAGGAAGUUUACAAUCCCUUUUUGGUGGAUCUUCGUGCUUUGUUUCGUCCUCCAAUACAGAACUUGAUCCAUUGCGUUCACCUUUUAUAUUUCUUGUCAUAGUUUUGCAUAAUUGGAAAACUUAA